AUGGUACAUUCCGACUGCAGCAGGGUCGCGCCUACGGAGGAGCCGCCUAGCUGCGUCUUGUUCGGCCAGCAGGGUCAUCCCGCGAACUUUCGCGGAUGUCCCAAAGCGCCGCACUGGGCGAAAGCUGGGCGGAAACCCUACAAAGCCCAGGAGCCGGCUCCCAUCCCUGCUGCCCAUCCUGCAAAUAACGCCUGGCAUAGGCCUAGGUUUAUAAACGAACAGACAGCACCCCAGGCCCCUAAGGUGCCCAUGGCCCCACAGGCAACCCAGGCCCCUAAGGCAACACAGGCCCCUCAGGCACCCGCGCAAACACCGGCAAUCGGCCUCGCAGCUGACUUGCAACUAGUCUGUGACUUCGCGAGUCUUAUAGACCCCGCAGAGGUGCAGACAUUCGCCGCCAAGCUGAUGGCCACCGAUAGCAAUCCUCAAGCCCGCAUGCUGGCAACGUGCCAGCACGCGGGCAUGUUGAGUGCCAUGGGAGCGUUCAAAGCCAAUGGCAAUUAG